AUGAAAUUACCCCUGAGCUUACUCCAACAUAUUGUGGAGGAGCUCGAACAAGCCAGUCAUAUUGCAUCAUUGGCAAGGGCGAAUAAACAGCUAUACAACGUUCUCUACCCAUACCUCUGCCAAUUUAAUGUCAAUCAACGAGGAAUCUCAGCAGUGAAUUGGGCGGCUCGCAAAGGAAAUUCCCAUGUUAUCAAGUCUUUUCUCCUCAGAUAUGAGGCGAACGUGAAUGUAAGAGAUGAAGAUGGCCGCACACCCAUAUUCAAUGCCAUUGAUUCCCAAGAUGAGGUGACCGUCAAGACCCUCCUGGAGCAGAAAUCAAUUUACCUUGCCUGUCGAAACUGUCACAGAGAUACUCUGCUGAGCUAUGCUGCAUCAAAGGAUUCCCUUUUUGCUGUCCGAAUGCUCUUGGAUAAGGGUGUGAAUGUGAACGUUGGAAACUGCUGUAUGUACACACCGCUGAACUGGGCAGUCCAACACAAAAAUAUGGAUAUGGUGGAUACUCUGCUGGAAAGUUUGCGCAUUGCACCUGCGAUGCCGGACUUCGAUUAUGAGAGAAUACACUACAGCAACAGUCUCUCCCUCCAUCUUGCUGCCGCUACAGGAGACAUUGAAAUUAUCCAGCGGCUGCUCAAUUACGAAUACGAGGUGAAUACCAGAGAUAACAGAGGGAGGACUCCGUUGCAUCGAGCAGUAGAGAAAGGUCACCUGGCAGUGGUGAACCUGUUUCUCGCGCAGCCGAAUAUUGAUAUCAAUAGGGCAGAUAGCCGUGGGAGAACGCCGAUGUAG